AUGAAAUCACAUAAAGGAAAAGACAAGUUUAAAGUAAAGGUAGAAGUUGUCAUUAAAAAAGUAACCAAUUUAAAAGAGUUGAAUGGUAGUAGUGUAUUUAUACAAUGGAAAAGAGGAUCAUCUUCAAAGUCAUCAGGUGAUACUAGUCAUCUAAUGGUAAAGAAUGGUGAAUCUAUAUUUGAUGAAAAGAUAUCAUUUGAAAGUAAAUUCUUUAUUGAUCCAAAAACACAGAAACCUGAUGGUAAAAAGGUUGCAUUCUCUUUAAAAGAAGAAAAGAAGAAAUCAUCAAGUGGUAAAAUACUAGGCAAGAUUGAAUUUGAUGUUACAAGUUAUUUAAAUUCAAAGUCUUCACAAACUGUUACAUUAUCAUUUACAAAAGGAAUUAAACCUGAACCUGUCUUGCAUUGUACAUUUAAUAUUAUACCAAUUAAAUAUAAUAAUAAACCUUUGGUUAAAGUUUUAAAUAGAGCUGAGACAUCAAAAGAUCCUAGAUUGGUUAAAACAAUAGCUGGUGAAGAUUAUUUCCUAGAUAAAACUGAUUCUGAAGCUUCAGAUACUGUUGAUACUUCAAUGACUUCUGAUAUUUCAUUUAAUGAUUCAUUUGGAGAUGAUGAUCCAAAUGAUGAUUUAGGAGAAUCAAAAAAAGAGCUAAGAGUUCAAUUGGACCAAAUAACAAAGGAAAGAGAUUUUGCAGAGAUGGAGAGUGGAGAAAGAUUGGAAAGGGUUAGAGAAUUGGAAUUGGAAAUUGAAAAUUACAAAAAGCAGACUCGUAUUUUGAAUGAUACUAUAAUAGAACAUGAAGGAAAUAUAGAAAUGUUACAACAAGAACGUGAACAUCGACUAAGCGAAGAGAUGGCAGGUAGUUCUGGUGGUUCAUCCGAUAUAGAGAUUUUAAAACAAGAGAAAUUGGAAAAGAUGGCUGUCAUAGCUGCACAAGAAAAGGAGAUUACAAAACUAAAAAAGCAAUUAAAACAAACCGUACUAUCAGAAACUGCUUUGGGUUCGAUGACUCAAACCGACAUUCGUACCAAAUACACUGCACUACAAGCUGAAAAUGAAAAUUUAGAACGUACCAUUGCACAGUUGGAAAAACAAAAAUCAGAUUUGGAAGAGAAAUUAAAUGCUGGUGUAACAAUGGUUAGAAAGAGAGCCGAUUCCUCUGGUGAAAACCAAAAGGAUCAUCUAACAUCUUCACCCACCACAUCUUCACAACCAAUUGUAACAAAGGCGACUGGAUCAGUCGACGAUCUACGUAAACAAUCAUUGGCAUACAAGACAGAACUAGAGGAAAAGACAUUGAUUGAACGUACCAUUUAUUUGGCUGAACCACAAUUCAAAGGAAACAUGUCUGUUUCUGGUGCAGCUCUCUUUGAAGGACUCAUUUCAUUGGGAGUUCUCAAAGAUUUCAAGGUUGGCAGCAGACUAUUCUCGAGUAUCAGCACUGCCUUUGACAAUAUCUACAAAAAGAGCUUAAACGACAACUCUUUGCUCGCCUAUUGGCUAUCCACCACUUGCUUGGUAUUGGCAAAAAUCAAAAACAAAAUCGAAAGCGACAGCUCUUCCUCUCCAUCUCUCUCGGUGAAUGGUGCCGGCGGCGGCCACCUCUACGACGAAAAGUCGGGUCUAUCACCAAUCAAAUCCUUUGAAUUCCAACUCAAAGCCAUUAUUUUUAAAUUCUAUUCACGUCUUGUGCAAAACACCUAUGCACGUAUAUCUCCUGUACUUGUAAAAUCUAUUCUCCAACACGAUAUUCAUGCAUUCAACAGCGGACGUUUGCAAAAGAGAAAGAGUGCACCAGACAUUUCUUCACCACAAAUUGCAAUGCCAAAAUUCACAGCACCAGAACCAAUAUCAUCUCCUCCACAUCAACAACAACACCAACAACACCAUCACCAACAAUUCCACAACCAAUUCAAUAGCAAUUCAUUCUUGGAUGUUCUUGAAGAGAUGUACGAUAUAUUAAAAUCCAACUUUGUUCAUAGCGACUUGAUUCAACAAUUCUUUUCACAAAUCUUUUACUUUACCAACGCCGUCCUCCUCAACUCGCUCAACAAUAUUCGUGGUCUUUGCAGUACGGCAAAUGGUUUCCAAAUGAAGAUUGAAUUGUCAAAGAUUGCAGAUUGGUCAUCAUCGAUGGGUUUGCACGACAGUCUCUGCCAAUUGGAUCCAAUGAUUGAAACAACCAAUGUUUUGGUCAUGGACAAAAAGUUGUUGGAUGAAAUCGAAGUUGUUGACCAAGUUUGUUCUUCACUUUCAAUGCACCAAGUCAAACAUUUAUUGUCACUUUUUCAAACCGAUCGAAUUAACAGUGAACCAAUUCCAAACGACGUUUUACGUAUUGUAGAUCAGGUCAUCUCUCGUCGUGGUGAAGAAGAACCUACAACACUCGAUAUCGAUCUCACCUACAUGCAUCAACUAUCUCUUGAAGCCCUAACAAAGGAUCAAUCAUAUGCAAGAGAAACAAGAGGUCCUGUUCCUCAUUCAAAUUCUUCACUUUCAAUCCCUAGAACCACAAGUACAAUUAGAAGAUAA